AUCUGGAAUUUUAUACCUGAAAACAUCGUUUGCGACCAGGGGCUUUCGAUGCGUGCUCGCCGACGCCGCUAGCGCCCGCUUUUACGAGACGAUUUUCGAGACGACAUCGACGACAUCGACGUUCGUUCGUUCGUGCGUGCGUGCGUGCGUGCGUGGGAUAAGAAUAUUUUUGUUUUUUCGUUGUUGAUGCCCCGAUUCGCAGUUCGAUGUAGUUUUAUUGUAGGGUUUGAUUUGAUUUUGUGUGCAUUUGAAUGCAGUUUCGGCAAACAACCCAAAAAAGCGUAAAAGAACGACACCGCGUGUGACAAACAACAGUGACAAGUGACCGACCCUGACGGAGCAGAUCGAUGGUUCAGUGCUUGCCGCCAAUACUCGAAGGUAUUGCGGUUCGCGACCGAUGAGUGUGGCCGUGGCCGGUGGAAUGCAUCCGAUCCAAGGGGAAGCAAAAACAGCACAACUCCCCAUAACCAUGUGAAGGUGUGUUUGUGUGUGUGAGCGUGUUGGAAGAAAAGUUGCAAAUAUCACAGCAAACAAAACAGUGCAGUUAGUGAUGAAAAGAAAAAGAUCGUGCUUUUGGUGAUUGAGGCGAGGCGAACAAGCCGCAUCCAACAGUGAAACACCGAACGAAGAAGCUCAAGUGUGAAGCUGUGUGUAUGUGUUUGUCGUGCAUGCGUGUGCAUCAUCGUGAGGUGUGUGUGUGGUAGAAGAAAGAAAAGAAAACAAAACAAACAGUUGCACCAGAUUCGGGGCUAGAGCGUGGCAUCAAACACGGCUUCCCUCACGAACGCAGUAACACCCGGUGCGGAGGGAGCAGAAGCAGGCGGAGGAGGAGAAGGAGGAGGCAUCAAGCAGGUGGCCACGACUUCCACUUCCGCUUCCACCGUGGUGGCCCCUCCCGUCGCUGCCCCCACCACUGGCCACCGAAUGCAGCCGACCAUUCCGCAGAGCACGGGAGGCAGUGAUAUGGACCUCCCUGCCGUCCAGCCUAUGGAUUGGUUGUUCAAAAAGGAGCGCAUCUAUCUGCUAGCACAGUUUUGGCAACAGCGUGCCACGUUGGCGGAAAAGGAGGUAAACUCGCUCAAGGAGAAACUGUCGACCACGGACCGCGGAGUCAGCAACAACAACAACAACAACAACAAUAACGACGGUAACGAUAUGGACGUCACGGCACCGCCACUACCGCCAUCGCUUGCCACCUCGGCGACACUGCCACCGUCCCUGCCACUGGCCACGUCGCCGACACCACCGACGGUCUCCUCGCCGAUGAUCGUCGAACAGAACGGUAUCACACCACCAUCGCCCUCGACCACACCGGUCUCCGAGAGCGGCAGCAUCCAUCGUCCGGAGGGAGCGCUCAGUCCGAGCGAAAAGCCCCACGGCGGAGCUCGAUCACCGAUGGCACGCGCCCGCACACCGGACCUCGAUCGUAAGGUGCAGCAGGAGCUGGCCGCUCUGGCGCACUCCAUCAACAACAACAACUGCCUCGCCAGCAGUAACAACAAUCACAGCAGCAAUCGAUCGCCAACCCAAUCGCCGCCGACCACGGUUGGCGACAAGAUGGAUUACGACAGUGCGACGGGUGUGUCGAAGGGCAAGACGAAGGAAGAGUCGACCGUCAGCGAGUGCCACAAAGCGAGCAGCAGUGAGAAGCUGAACCACUCUGCGGAAACGAACUGCAGCGGAGGCGAAACGGACUCACCGGCCAAGGAGCCGGCGCUGGACAGCAGAACAAGAUCCCUGACGGAGGAGCUAUCGGCUAAGGAUCGUGAGAUAUCGCUCCUGUUCGAGGAAGUUGGACGGCUGCGGACGGCCAUCGCCAACAUUCAGGAAUCGCACAACCUGCAGAUCCAGCGGCUCGAGGACCGGCUGGAGGAGAAGCGGCAACACAUCGUGCGGCUCGAGUCGCGCAUCGAAAAGCAGCAGGACUUUGACGAUAUCAAAAAGGAAAAUAGUAUGCUUCGCUCGGUCGAUCUGAGUGCGUCCCACGAGUCGAAACAAUUCCAGGAGCUACUGCUCGAACGCACCAAAGCGCUGGCGGCACAAACGGAGGCAAUCAAAUCGUCAUCGGCCACCUCGGAAGGAUCUCCACCUGCCAGCGGUCCCGGCAGUGGCAUCAAUGGGGACGGCGGCUUGGCCGGGGCUGGCGCUGCCUCUUCGCAGCCCGCCCGUGCCCUGUCGCCCUCGAACGCUAGCAACAGCAGCUGCAGCAUCAGCACGAGCUGCGUCAGCCAAGCGUCGGUCGGCACCUCCAGCAACUCCAUCCAAGCGCCCGCCGGCGACCUGGAAGCGCGUACCAUCACGCACGAUCUCACUAACAGCAACUCGCCAACUAACACCAGCACGAACGCCAUUGCUUCCCUGGCCGAAAUUAAUAACAAUAACUGCUCCUCCACCGGCCGGCCGGCCUCGACGCCCUCCGGUGUCAGUUGUCCUCCUCCGCCUCCGCAGCCCCUGCUGCUCCAUCCUCCGCUGCUUCCGCCUCGCUCUCCCCAGCCAACCUUACGAUCGCCGUCGUCUUCCGGCGUCACCGCCGGCCAGCAGCAGUUGGGCCCAGCGGCGCCCACCGCUGGAGCAGGGGUCGCGACGACGCUGACAACGCCCUCCGCCCCGGCCCAGGCCAACCCGACCGACCCGAUGGCCGGCCUGAGCUCGUUCCUGGCGCCUCCACUGCAGAACGUGGAGCAGUUCGGGUCCUUUCUGGGCGAGGAGCUCGUCAGCAGCUGGCGUCGGGGAGCGCUCGAUCUACCGCCACCGCCGCCGGGACUGGCGGCAGCAGCUGCUGCCGCGGCCGCCGCAGCCGCCGCCGCUGCGGCACGCAAUCCAGCCUUACUAAUGAACCACCACCAUGUUGUUAACUCGCCCUCGACAGAUCUGCACCAUGGCGCGGGCCUGCAGGACCAAGACAAGGCCAGCAGCCACCACGAGAACUCGUCCUCCGCCAGCACGCCGGUCCUGCGCGAGGACUCGUCCCGGCACGACGACCGCCACCUGAACGGGGGUGGCGGCCUCACGCCCAUGUCCAUCUCCAAGAGCCCGCUCGAGGACAACAACAACACGCUCGGUGCGCUCAGCCGGCUGGAUGGGGCGGCGUCCGGCAAUCUCAUACAGGGACUUCCGUUUCAAUUCCAAGAGCGUGGACAUUUCCGGUUUGCCGACGCGUCCGACAUGCAGAUGCCGCCGGGCUCGAUGGUCGGCCGGCUCGGCGACUCGCUCAUCCCGAAGGGCGACCCGAUGGAGGCGAAGCUGCAGGAGAUGCUGCGCUACAACAUGGACAAGUACGCCAACCAGAACCUCGACACGCUGCACAUCUCGCGCCGUGUCCGGGAGCUGCUCUCGGUGCACAACAUUGGCCAGCGGCUGUUCGCCAAGUACGUGCUCGGCCUGUCGCAGGGCACCGUGUCGGAGCUGCUGUCCAAGCCGAAGCCGUGGGACAAGCUGACGGAGAAGGGCCGGGACAGCUACCGGAAGAUGCACGCCUGGGCGUGCGACGAGAACGCCAUCAUGCUGCUCAAGUCUCUCAUCCCGAAGAAAGGUGCAGAACCGGGAAUGCCAUCCUACGGUCGACCGGACGGUGAUCUCAGCGACGACCGCAUGCAGCAAAUCCUGUCCGAAGCGUCGAUGAUGAAGCGUGGCGAACCGCCGACGCCACAACAGCAGGCCCACCACCAGCAGCAGAUGCGAGAACAGAUGCAGCUCCAGCAGCACCAACUGCAGCAGCUUCAUCUCAGCGGACUGGACGACUCGACGCAGCACAGCGACAACGACUCCAAGUCGCCGCACAAUCGCGACGUCCACUCGCCCUUCUCCAAAGACUAUCUCGGCGGCCGGCUCGGAAGCACCGGACGGCCCAAGAAGUACGACAACGACGACAUCUCGCAGGACAAGAUCGCCAAGAUCUACCAGGAAGAGUUCUCCAAGCUGAUGCGCAGCCCACGAGACUUCCCCAAUCUUCUGUUUCCACAUUUCCUCAGCGGUGCGAUGCCUCCCGUGGAUCGCCCACAGGACGACAACCUGCGGCUAGCGUUCGAGGCCUACCAUCGGGAGCUGGCCAAACUGCAGCAGAACGCUUCGGCCGGCCUGCCCGGUAUGCCCAACAUUUCCAACCUUCCCAACUUCUUGGCACUCCAGCACCAGCAGCAGCAGCAGCAGCAGCAGCAACAACCACAGCAACCGUCGCAACCUUCCACCCCAUCCGGACAGCCGUCGACUCCUUCGCAGCCAUCGCAGCAUGCCGCGACCGGGCUGAACGGUGGCGCCGUGCAAGACCUAUCCCUGCCAAAAGAGAAGCAAUCGUCCGCCUCCAAGCUGAACGGUACCAUAUCCGAUGCCGAUUCCGAUGCCGACAUGAGCCAGAAGGAGCUGGACGACAGCAUGAAGCACAGCGCCUUCAGCCUGGUCAAACCAAAGCCCUCGGAACCGUCGGGCAUGUGUACGCCCACCACGACGGCCUCCUCGGCGGCCCCGAGCCCCAUCGGCAACAGCAUCCUGCCCCCGACAAUCACGCCCACGGACGACUUCUCCGUGGCGGCCAGUCCGCUGCAACGGAUGGCAUCGAUCACCAACUCGCUCAUCACGCAGCCGCCCGUCACGCCACAUCACACGACGCAGCAGCGCCCGCUGAAAGCCAUCCUGCCGCCCAUCACGCAGCAACAGUUCGAUCUGUACAACAACCUCAACACGGAGGACAUCGUGCGGCGCGUCAAGGAGUCCCUCUCGCAGUACUCCAUCAGCCAGCGGCUGUUCGGCGAGUCCGUGCUCGGGCUGUCGCAAGGUUCGGUCAGCGAUCUGCUCGCCCGUCCGAAGCCCUGGCACAUGCUCACCCAGAAGGGCCGCGAACCGUUCAUCCGCAUGAAGAUGUUCCUGGAGGACGAGAACGCGGUGCACAAGCUAGUCGCCAGCCAGUACAAGAUCGCGCCGGAGAAGCUGAUGCGCACGGGCAACUACAGCGGUACGCCCCAGCUGCCCGGCAUGCACCUGCCGAAGCAAAUGCCCCCCACGAUGCCGAAGAUGCUGAGCGACUCGAUCAGCAAGCUGCAGCAGGAUCAGCAGAAAACGCUGCUCCAGCUGCAGAUCUCGCAAAUGCAGCAGCAGCUGCCCAACGCACAGGCUGCCCAAGCCGCCGCGGCCGCUCAGCAUCAGCAUCAACUGGCCGCUGCAGCUGCUGCCGCAGCCGCCGCCCAUCACGCGGCCCAGGUGCAGGAAGUCCAGCGCCACUCUGCCCAACAACCGCCCUCCUCCUCCUCCUCCUCCUCGCAGCCAUCGCCGCUCGGUGCCAUGGGCGGCUCGCAGAACUCCUCCGCACAGCAGCGACCUCAGCAGGCCUCGCCCCAAACGAUGCUCCUGACGCCUCCGGGCAUUCCUCCCCAGCAUGCCAUCGCUCUGCAGGGCCAUGCCGGCGCGCCAGACAAGAAGUCCUCCAUCAUGAUGCCGAUCCACUCGCCCGUCCCGCAAGGUCCACCCGCUUCCGUGGGUCAGCACGCGGCCCAGCCGGGCGCACCCAACUCGAUGCGCGGCUCGCUCCACCAGCACAUCUCCCCGACGGUGUACGAGAUGGCGGCGCUCACGCAAGAUCUCGACACGCAGGUGAUCACGACCAAGAUCAAGGAGGCACUGCUGGCGAACAACAUCGGCCAGAAGAUCUUCGGCGAGGCCGUGCUCGGGCUGUCGCAAGGAUCCGUUUCCGAGCUGCUGUCCAAACCGAAGCCCUGGCACAUGCUGAGCAUCAAGGGCCGCGAACCGUUCAUUCGCAUGCAGCUGUGGCUGAGCGACGCCAACAACGUCGAGCGACUGCAAGUGCUGAAGAACGAGCGACGCGAAGCGAGCAAGCGGCGUCGAUCGACCGGCCCUGGAGGACAGGACAAUAGCAGCGACACCUCGAGCAACGACACGUCCGAGUUCUAUCACUCCAACUCGCCCGGCCCGGGGUCGGUCGGGUCGCAAACGGCUCCACCCAACAAGAAGCAGCGCGUACUGUUCUCCGAAGAGCAGAAGGAAGCGCUGCGACUCGCAUUCGCCCUCGAUCCUUACCCCAACGUGCAGACAAUCGAAUUCCUGGCCAGCGAGCUCGGCCUCUCCACCCGCACCAUCACCAACUGGUUCCACAACCACCGGAUGCGCCUGAAGCAGCAGGUCCCGCACGGGCAGCCCUCGGAACCGAUCCCGUCGCGCGAAAACCAAACCGGAGCCCCCUUCGACCCGGUGCAGUUCCGCGUCCUGCUCGGCCAGCGGCUGAUGGAGAUCCAGAAGGAGCGGCUGGGACUGAGCGGCAUGCCGCUGCCCUACCCGCCCUACUUCGCCGCCACCGCACCGGCCACCAAUCUGGCCGCACUGAUCGGGCGUGGAUUCAUGCCGGGCAGUGAGGCCGACCUGGCGGCACUCAACAAGAGCAUCAGCGAGCAGAUGAGCGGCCUCGACCUGUCCAUGCCAUCGACGCUCAAGCGCGAGGGCGACGACGACUACGAGGAUGACGCCGAGAACGAAGAGGAAGCCGGCAGCGGGCACCUGAGCGAUUCGGAAUCGAUGGACAGCAGCAGCAAGCGGGGCGGCGACGAGGACGAUCUCAGGACGUCCCUGUCGCUCGCCAGCCUGCAGGCCAUGUCGCGGAUCAGCCGCCGCAAGCCAGCCGCCCCGCAGUGGGUCAACCCGGAGUGGCAGGAUCCGGACAAAAAGCCGGCGUCCGCCGCCACGGCAGUCUCCAACAUUCCCUCCUCCGUCGCCGCCAAGAAAGAUGCCGCCGAUGCCAUCAUCAACGGGGUGUGCGUUCUGCAGCCGCCGGACGGUGUGCCCUCGGUGCAGCAGCGCUUUGCCGCGGCCAUGGCAGCGGCCGCCGCAGCCGCCGUGGCGGCGGCCACCGGUGCCGGAGCGACCGUGCCUUCCCAAAGCCCCGACGACCCGUCGAGCGACGCCGAACACGAGGAGGAUGACGCCAAGUCGACCCAUUCCAAACACUCCUCGUACGGGUCGGAAGGAAAGCUGGACGAGGAGCGACCCCGAACCGCGCACGAUCCCGAGUCGGAAUCGGAGGCACCCUCGGACACGUUGCGGCCGGCGGAAGAUGCGUCGGAUGCGGCGCAGGAAAGCAACGGCAACCGAUCGGGUGCGACCAGUCCCGCCGGUUCGUCCGUCACCGUCAAGAAGGAAAUCCUCGACGACAACCACAGCGAUCGAUGGGAUGCGUACUAAAAACCCAACUCCAUCCCCCGUUCAUCGCGGUUCUAAACCGCAUCUGUGGGACAGUGCAGGCGUGCGUGUGCGUGUGUGUGUCUGGCAGUGGUGAUACAGGACGCCGGUAGCCCAGGUAUCAGUGCAAUCAAAAAUGGACGCAUCCAAAAUGGACGUUGGACAAACGAAAAGUGUCACUCCCGAGCGGGGCGAGCGGGCGAGAGAGGCGACAAAUGCAGCAAACAAAACCAAGAGAAAGUAGACAGCGUCAGCUGGCGCUGUAUGUGAUUGUUCUAAACCUUCUGUUUUCCUUUCAAUGCUCUACCUUUCGCUCUAUUUUGUUUCGACCAUAUCGCAACAUCGAUCGCAACAAGCGUGAUACGAUCGCACGGGGUACGAUCGCAAAUAUUCUUUCAAACCUCCCAACACUUGUACAUAAAGCAUAUGUUCUUGUAAAGCAAAUGUAUUCCCCUGUUUUUUUUUUUUUAAUUCUGUUUCCUGUUCUCGCUAUCCUUUAUCACUGUAAGAAGACUGUUAAAAGUGAAGUUUUAAAAACAAAUGAAUAACCAGAUGUAAGGCAUUGAGCCAUUGCAAGCGCAGAUCGCUAGCAACAGCGCAAUACAAAAAGAGCUACAAAGCAGGCGGGCUCGGUUAGCCGUUAAGACACGUUCAAUAUUUAAAUGAAACUAUGGUUUAAUUGUACGGAAUAGCACGAAUACAAAGAAACGAAGCGCGCUUCGGCUUAUCGGUUAGGUUUUAUUAUGCUUACGUUACUCCUUUUCCUUUGCUUAUGUUUUACAUAGUUUAUAGAUCCAGCGAUCCAGCGAACAGCAGGGCUUAAGUCGUGAGUUAAGGCAUCUCUCCGCCUUCCGCUAGCGGAGCGGGAGCAUGGAACGAAACGAACCGAGCGACGACGCUCGUGAAAUGCAUUUAUAUGUUUUUUUUUAAAUCAAAUCUUGUAGAUAUCAACAAACGGACGGCGCAGCGGUGGGAAUGGAGUCAUGCAAAGAAAAUUCUAAUAAACGUACUUAGCGAGACAAAAAAAAUGUAUGCAAAAACAAAACCAUAACCAUUACAAACCAUACACAGAAGGAAAGGCAACAUAUUCAAAUCCCGAAAUCGCGUUGGACACGGCCAAGGAGCAAAUCAAAAUAACUCAAAUCGUAUUUAAGUAUAUGAAUCAAUCAAAAUUUAUCCAACCUUUUUGGAGCACGAGAAGGACGAUCAGUACCGAGGGAGGGUGAGAUAUUUUAAGACAAAAUUACACACUUACGCGCUCAUAAACUUCGGUCAUGCGCCUGUUUGUGCGCUAUUCUCCACGCACGACAAGAAAAGGGCGAUUUGUUUGUUUUGUAAAUUGUAUUAAUCAUAACUUCAGCCCGCCCACAGGCAGGUGGGAUCGUCGAGUGGGAUUAUAGUUAAACAAACAUAUGCACACACACACCCAACCACAAACACACACAUUAUACACGGACUUGUACACAAAUACAAACUGAAAAAAGGCCAAAUAUAUUGUUAAAGUCUAAGUAAUUGAUAGCAUUACAAAGUAGUAAGGACGGUGUUGAGGUACGGUUUUGCUGUCGGCAGGAUGCUGCGUUGUGCAUUCGAUCAGUCCAGCAGAGGGAAGCGACUCCUUAGUAGAGGGGAGCCGCUUACAUCAGGGUUUUUUGCUUCCUCCAUUAGUUAUUGUUUUAUUUUCGCGCCCAUGCGUGUGACUGCCCGAUUCCACACACCGGGAGGGGUAGGAAAGGUAGCCGUGUUUUGUUGUGUUGUUGUUUUCCUCCUUUAGCAUCGAUGAAGCGAUCUCAAAUUUCAUACCAAAUAUAUUUAACAAUAUAGCGCAAGCAACACUUUUACACACAUAAACACACAAACACACACCGAGCACAACACUGGCUAAGGCUGGAAAAUGGCAACAAAAGAUGGCGAACGCGUUUUCGCCAAAAACCCACGUUUUAAAAGGCUAAAGUGUUUCCUUUCUCCUUUACAAUUACUUUCCUCGCCACCCGACGCGUGGGUUUGGAGGUUGUACAUUGCCCUGUACAUACAAAGAUGGAUCGUAGCCACACACGAUCAUUGGAUCAUUGGAUCAUCCCUUUUCCCGUUGCUUCCAGUUGAGCCCCCCCCCCCUCACUGUAUGAAUUGAAUCACUCCAACUCCUCCCAUCUUUAACGUAAAUGAUGAUGAAAUGAGUAGCAAAACACAACCCCCGAGCAGCAGCAGCAAUGAAACGCAUAUCCCGAAUUUAGCGAAAGCAAACGGAACCGAUCAGCAAAAUCGGUUGAAUGUUUACGCAUUUAGUAAGAGAUACACAGAUACAGAGAUAAAUACACAUUUUAACAUGUUUGCGGGGACGAAACCGUAGCUCGUAAGCAGUGUACAUUUCAGAACCGUACGUAAGCCGAUAGAGAUCCUGGGUUUGUCCAGGCAAUGCUCCUGGAGGAACUGAUUUUAGUUUUUACCUUAUUGUGUAUCCCCAACCGUGUAUUGGUGGCGUUUAUUGUUAAACGAAAUAAACGCACAGAUACACAUCCUUGCUUUUCUUGCAUACUUAAAGGACGUUCGAACGAAGCAACUGUUUAACAAAUUGUUUCGAAACGCCGGAAUGCAGAAAGCAAGCGAGCGUUAAGAAAAAUGGCAAAUGGAAGGCAUACAAGAAUAGCUAGCAAAAGGUUCAACUUUUUUUUAAUACAUAAGUAAAUCGAAACAAAUUUAAAGUAAAACACACAAGUAAUGAUAAAAUGGAAUGCAAAAAAAAUGAAAAGAAAGAGACGAAACAUAAAAGAAAAGCAAAUUAAGAAUACGUAAAAGUGAGCUGGGGAAAGUGGUUGAAGAGGACGAGAAAAAAGGGUAACGAAAUGCAAUAUUAUGAGCGAACGGGAAAACCCAUUGGAAGGAAACAAUAAUUUUAUGCAAACAACAAAACAGCAAACAACAAAAUGUGAAAAGCUGAUCAAAACAGCACAAAAACAAAUGCCCCCCUCAUUGUAGUAUGUAAAGUAGAAAAGCAAGCACAUUUUGUUAACUUAUUGUCCGUAAGUCUUCUAUUGAUUAGUUCUUAGGGUGAACAAAGCAGAAUCUUUUGCACAACAACAACGACGACAACAAGUCCCUUCCAAUAAGUCAGCCCUUCCCGGCUUUGCAGGACUCGCGACGCAAGCAGGGUGCAAGGACGACAGGUUGUUGUUUUCGUUUUAAUCGGUUAGGUUUCGUUUCGUUUCCGGUUGAAUUUUUGUUGGGUAGGGGGUACUUUAACCGUUUUGGGGGGCGAUCGAUCGAGAUCGAUCUGUUGCAUGUGACGGAUCGUGUACAUAAGAACGUUGGCGGUGAGUUUUGGUUUGUGUUUCAAAUCAGCGCAUAUACACACAGCGAUAAGGUGAACGUGGUGUUUGUUUCACAAAAUUAACCAGAUCGAGUAUUUAGAAAUGUCUCAAGCCAACCAGCAAAUCAUAAAGUUUCCUUGAUGGAACACAAAAAGGGAAAAUAACAACAACAAAAAAACGAAAAUUGUGCAGUAACAUUGUUUACAGUAAUUUAAACUUGCCCAAGGUAUAGUCAAGAGUCGGAAGCAAAUGAAGGAUAAAGCUAAUGUAUUAUUAAGUACGCUUAACCAGCGUGUUUCGAGAGUAACGUAGUAAUUUAUCGAGAUUCAUUCGGCUUCAGGAAGGGAAAAUAAAUGAAACAAAAGCCGCUGGAAUGUAGGAAUGCAAAACACUUUUCGUUUCGUAAUUCAGUCGAGUCGGUUAGGGUUAGUUGCUGAAACCCCGAUUCCACGGUACAACACACAACACGCACAUCCACAUCAACAGCACACACACACACACAUGCACAGACAACUCAAGCGACAAGAGCAAAAACAAAAAAAAGAAACAAUGCUACAGCAAACAAGCAAACAUAAAUAAAAGCGAAACAAUAAACAAAUGUCUAGGGAAGAAAACGAGACGAGGGAACACGGGAAGGCAAACAAGGUAAUGCAAAUUGUAAAUACUUAUUAUCAUAUCAUUAUAUUAUAUUGUAUUGAUUAAUAUUAUUAAAACAAAACACACAAAACACACAAGUAAUGGUAAUACAUUAUUGCAUUGAAGAUAAAAGGAAAAA